AUGCCUUGGAAGUUCCCUCUCCGUACACGAUUCUUCACUCAUUCUCUUCCGGGUACUCAUCUCGCUUCCUCGAAUUCCUGCACACGAGUUUGUUAUUGUUCUUCUAGCUCCGUCCCUGUUCUCUCCCGGAUAUUCUCUUUUAGAUCCAAUUACUUUUCAAUCGGGUCUGUCAUCAACUUCUCUACUCGUCCGAACAGAGACCUACCCGAAUUCGAACGGCGGAGUCGAGAUGGAGGAGAAACCCGCGCAUCAAAGAGCUUGAUCGAAGACGAGGAGGAUCUCAGUAACUGGGUCAGCGAUUUGAGGCCUGGAUCGUUGCGUGUACAUCUCACGAGCGAUGAUGACGAUUCGGGUCCCGACGAGGAUCGUAGUAGCAGAGGAAGAAGACAACAAGACAGGAGAGGAAUUCGCAACAAAGUUGAUUCCUUUAGGGAUAGAGAAAGUGGAUUGAAUGGUCGGAUUCAAGGAAAGAGUAGUUUUCGUGGGAGGAAGGAGACAAUUUUAGAUUCAGGGUUUAGGAGAAACAGAGAUAGAGAAGACUACAAAGGUUUAGGAAAGGGAAGAGAUUUGUUUGAGGACGAAAGUAGUGAUGAGGAUGUGAAGAGUUUAGUAAUGGGAGGCAUUGGAGAUUUGCUUAGUGAAGAAGAUGAAGACGAGGACAAAGAUUAUGAGUUUCUUAAGAAGAAAGCGACUUCUGCUUUUGGGUUUGAUAAGGAGAAGGUUAUUGAAGCGGAUAAGGCUACGAGUGGAAACGUUGUAAAGGCUUCAGAUUCUUACUUGACUAAGACAAGGUUUGAUCAGUAUCCACUGUCUCCUUUAUCGCUAAACGCACUCAAGGAUGCUGGAUAUGAGACAAUGACUGUUGUGCAGGAGGCUACUCUUCCUAUCAUCCUCAAAGGUAAAGAUGUCCUGGCCAAGGCCAAAACAGGAACCGGGAAGACUGUGGCGUUUUUGCUUCCAUCAAUUGAAGUAGUAGUCAAGUCUCCUCCUACAAGCCCGGAUAAUAAGAGACCUCCGAUUCUUGCGCUUGUGAUAUGUCCAACUAGAGAGCUUGCUACUCAGGCUGCUACAGAAGCAAACACCUUAUUGAAGUAUCAUCCAACUAUUGGUGUUCAAGUUGUGAUUGGAGGCACAAGACUUGGUUUAGAGCAAAAGCGUAUGCAAACAAAUCCCUGCCAGAUUUUAGUGGCUACACCUGGAAGGCUCAAAGACCAUAUUGAGAACACUCCAGGAUUUGCGACAAAGUUAAAGGGUGUGAAGGUCCUUGUGCUUGAUGAAGCUGAUCAUCUCUUAGACAUGGGUUUUCGCAAGGACAUUGAAAGGAUCAUCUCUGCGGUUCCUAAGGAGAGACAAACUUUUCUGUUUUCCGCCACAGUACCUGAAGAGGUUCGUCAAAUAUGCCUCAUUGCUCUGAGGCGGGAUCACGAGUUUGUCAAUUGUGUUCACGAAGGCACUGGAGAGACGCAUCAACAGGUCAAACAAAUGCACAUGAUUGCAUCACUGGACAGACAUUUCUCUCUUCUGUACACACUUCUCCGAGAACACAUUGCGGAUAACGUAGACUAUAAGGUCAUUGUCUUCUGCACAACUGCUAUGGUUACAAAACUAGUGGCUGAUCUACUUGGUGAGCUAAACUUAAACGUGAGAGAGAUCCAUUCUCGAAAACCGCAGAGUUACAGGACAAGGGUUUCUAAUGAGUUCCGCAAAUCCAAGGGUUUGAUUCUCGUAACAUCUGAUGUAUCUGCUCGAGGAGUCGAUUACCCUGAUGUGACCCUUGUUCUACAGGUGGGAGUACCAAAAGACAGAGAACAAUAUAUACACAGACUCGGUAGAACGGGACGAAAAGGAAAGGAAGGAGAAGGCAUAUUGGUUUUGGCACCAUGGGAGGAAUAUUUUCUAUCAUCUCUUAGAGACUUACCCAUCACCAAGUCUCCUCUGCCAUUAAUAGAACCAGAAACUGUUAAAAAGGUGCAAAAGGCGCUAUGCCAUGUGGAGAUGAGGAACAAAGAGGCGGCGUAUCAGGCUUGGUUGGGUUACUACAACUCACAGAAGAUGAUCGGAAGAGACAAGGACAGGCUUGUGGAGUUGGCUAACGAGUUUAGUCGUAGUAUGGGACUUGACAAUCCUCCGGCUAUACCAAAACUUAUUCUUGGUAAGAUGGGUCUCAAAAAUGUUCCUGGUCUCAGAGCCAAGUAG